UCGGAGAGGUGCUGAUCUCUGGAAAUGAAAGCUGGAAGUGCUUGGCAAAUGUCCUAGAAUGAUCUGAUGCCUUGAGGACAGUUUCUAGUAGAUUUCCCUUUCUGCUGCUCCCAGGACCUUCCUGCUGUAAAGCUUCUAAUGCUCCCCGCCACCGUGGGCGCGGACAUUUUUGGAAACGUAACCCUCUGCUCAAACUCCCGCUGUCUCCACUUCAAAAAAUAAAGACGCAUUUCAGCAGCCCCGCAUCAGCUCAACUACCUGCUUUAGCCACAGGCAUCCAACAGGCCCCUGUAGUUGUAUCGGCUCCUGUGAAUCCCCGUAGGCCCCUGUUCAACCAGGUGUCCUACCCUCGCUAUCGGGUUUAUCAGGCGUUUAAAAUGUUCAGUUUGUCGGCCCUCACCACACUCUCUCCCUCUCAUCUGUCCUCUGGACAUCCAACAGGCCCUCACCACACUCCCUCCCUCUCAUCUGUCCUCUGUGGGCAUCCAACAGGCCCUCACCACGCUCCUUCCCUCUCAUCUGUCCUCUGUGGACAUCCAACAGGCCCUCACCACGCUCCUUCCUUCUCAUCUGUCCUCUGUGGGCAUCCAGCAGGGACCCACUUCGUUCCAUCCUUUUCUGUCCACUGCCGUUGUCCAACAGUCCCCUGUAGCACCACCACCGGCUUUUCCGUCCUCUGUUCAAUAGCCGUACUCGGUCCUUCAAUCUUUCUCCUCUCACGCUCCCUCCCGUGGAUUCCCAGAUUGUCUGCAUGUAGGAAAGGCAAUUCACUUCGCCAUUGAUUCCCAGAGGUUUAUUUCCCUGGAAUAAUUUCCCCUCCUGCAUGCUAAAUGUUUCAUUGACAAUCAAAGUGUGCACUUUAAAUUCACCUUUCACGGCACUGAGCCCGCUCGCUUUUCUUUUUUGGGGGGGGUCCCAAUCUGAGCUGGACUCAGUCAUAAUUCUCACUAUGUUAUUCCUGCAGGCACCUUCUCCAUUUGUACUCGCAGCAUUGAGAUCUGCUUAGAUCAUUUUUGGGGGUCUCCUGCAUCGUCCUACAGUCUGGUGUUUUUUCCAUAGUGUAUUUGAGGACCUGAAUGUUCAUAGUUCAGAUUGGUGUUUGAAAUGGCCGAUACUGCUGAGAUAUUGCAGGAGUUGGACUCCAUUGAGAAUGAACUGAAGGCAGUGGAGCUACAGAUUAGUGAUCUUCAAGAACGUCAGAGGGAACUGAAUGCCAGCAAGAACUGGCUGCAGAAGAAGCUGAAACAGUGCACUAGGGAUGCAGGGCCAAGCAAAAAGGAAGAGGUGGACUUGCAAAGCUUCACUAAGCAAGAUUUCCCAUGGUCCAAGAAGGUUGAGAAAGCUCUCGGAAUGUUCAAACUGUCCGCAUUCCGGCCCCUGCAGCUCGAGACCAUCAACAUCACCAUGUCUGGGAGGGACGUGUUCCUGAUCAUGCCCACCGGAGGAGGGAAGAGUCUGUGCUACCAGCUGCCAGCGAGCUGCUCCGAGGGGUUUACCUUGGUAAUUGCUCCACUGGUUUCUUUGAUGGAGGACCAGCUUAUGAGUUUGGAGAAGUUAGGGAUUUCAGCAGCCACAAUUAAUGCAUCUAGCUCAAAGGAACAUGUUAAAUCGGUUCAGAAUGCGAUGCUUGACAAGACGUCCGAUAUGAAACUGCUGUACGUCACCCCUGAGAAAAUUGCGAAAAGCAAAAUGUUCAUGUCCAAGCUGGAAAAAGCUUACCAUGCAGGCCGGCUGACACACAUUGCAGUGGAUGAGGUGCACUGCUGCAGCCAGUGGGGACAUGACUUCAGACCAGACUACAAGGUCCUUGGUAUCCUGAAACGGCAGUUCCCAAGCGUUCCUUUGAUCGGACUGACUGCGACUGCCACCAAGAGCGUGCUCAAGGACUGCGAGGAAAUCCUGUGCCUCAAAGAUACUAUUACGCUGUCUGCCUCAUUCAAUAGACCCAACCUUUAUUAUGAGGUACGUCUGAAACCGUCAAGCACUGAAGAUUUCACUGAAGACAUUGUGAAACUAAUCAAUAAGAGAUACAAAGAUCAGUCAGGUAUCAUUUACUGCUUUUCCCAGAAGGACUCUGAGUACGUCUCUGUAAAUCUGCAGAAAAUGGGAAUAAAGGCCAGGCCUUACCAUGCCAACAUGGAAGCUACUGAGAAGUCCAGUGUGCAUAAAGAGUGGACUGAGAACAAAAUCCAGGUUGUGGUGGCAACAGUAGCCUUUGGAAUGGGGAUUGAUAAGCCUAACGUGAGGUUUGUUAUUCAUCAUACAAUGAGCAAAUCUAUGGAGAAUUACUACCAGGAGAGCGGCCGUGCAGGUCGAGAUGACAGGAAUGCAGAUUGCAUUUUGUACUAUGGUUUUGUAGACAUCUUUAAAGUAAGUUCCAUGGUUGUAAUGGAAAAUGUUGGGCAACAGAAGCUCAACCAAAUGGUGUCCUACUGCCAGGAUGCAACCAGGUGUCGCCGUGUGCUGAUAGCAAAGCAUUUUGAUGAAGUGUGGGAUACAAAGCAUUGCAACAAGAUGUGUGAUCAAUGCCGUCAUAAUCCAUCCUCGGAGUCGGUGGACGUGGCAGACCACUGCAGGGACCUGCUUCAGAUCCUACAGCAGGCUCAGCAGAUGGAUGAGAAGCUGACUCCUCUGAAGACCAUCGAUUCCUGGAUGGGGAAGGGAGCUGCCAAGCACAGAGUCCUGGGCGUGCCUCCGUCCAGCCUCCCUAGACUGGAGAUGGAGAUGGUCAUCGCUCACCUGCUGGUGCAGCAGUAUCUCAGGUGCACACUUUGACACACGCAGCUCGUGCCUCUUUGAUAGCAUACAGUAUAUAUGUCACACUGCCGUUUAACAACGCCUAGGCAUUGAGCACAACGGAGCGAUUUCAUUUCAAAGCUUCGUUCAGGCUUCACCAACUGCCUUUAAUUUAAU